AUGGAAGGAGGAGGAGGGGCGAGUAAUGGAGGGAUGUUGUACCACGAGGUUCAAGAGUCGAAGCUCUGUGCGGUGCAUUGUGCCAACACGGUGCUGCAGGGUCCAUUCUUCUCGGAGUUCGAUUUGGCCGCACUGGCAUCUGAUCUAGACCGCACCGAGCGCCAGAUGAUGCUCGGUUCUGCUACUGGCGAUUUCCUUCCUCACCUAUCGCACAACGUUUCGCUUGAUGGAGACUUCAGCAUCCAGGUUUUACAAAAAGCUUUGGAGGUGACCCUAGACGUUCAGAAAGUAAGUGGAGAGUGGUACAAUUUUGACAGUCUCUAUGCGGCACCCGAGCACCUCUCUAAGUUUUACCUUUCAGCCUACCUCGAUUCCUUGAAAGGCUUUGGUUGGAGCAUUUUCCUUGUCCGGGGAAACUUUCCGAAGGAGUGUCCCAUGACAUCUUCGGAAGCUUCCAAUGGUUAUGGGCAGUGGCUAUCACCCGAAGAUGCUGAGAGGAUCACCAAAUCUUGCAACUCAGCAUCAAAUCCUGGAGCUGGUCGAAUGCAGCAGCUUUCCGAUCCCCGUGUCCAGUAUAGUGAUGAAGAUGAGGAUUUAAAGGCUGCAAUAGCGGCCAGUUUGAUGGAUUCCACUACGGAAAUCAAAGCAGAAGUUGGCACCUUGGAAAAUGAAAAUAAAAAUACCAAUUCAGAAGCGUCGUGA